AUGUCUUCCUCAUCGAGUGAUGAAGUUGAUGAAGUUUUAGAAGAAAUGGUCGACCAAGUUGUUGAUAAUUACAUCGACUCAGUGAUUCAUGCUCACCCCAACAAGGCGAGGAGACGGGCUUAUAUCGAAAGAGAUCGGGAACAAGGACACAAUCAGCUGUGGAACGAUUAUUUCAAUGAUAAUCCUACAUACCCACCAGAAAUGUUUAGGAGGCGUUUUCGAAUGAACAAGCCAUUGUUCCUUCGCAUUGUCGAACGUAUAAGUAAUGAAGUUCCAUACUUUCAGCAAAGACGAAGUGCUUGCGGAAGGAACGGGCUUUCUCCACUUCAAAAGUGUACGGCAGCUAUACGUAUGCUGGCAUAUGGUCAAUCGGGAGAUACAUAUGAUGAAUAUCUCCGACUUGGUGACAGUACAGCACGUUUAUGUUUGGCAAAUUUCACUGAUGCAAUAAUACAAUUGUUUGGAGAAGAAUAUCUACGAAGCUCUACAGCCGAGGAUCUUCAACGAUUACUCGAUGUUGGAGACGUACGCGGGUUUCCGGAAAUGAUAGGCAGCAUCGACUGUAUGCAUUGGGAGUGGAAAAACUGCCCAACGGCUUGGAAAGGUACACUCAACGAUAUCAAUGUUCUUGAUCGGUCACCUGUUUUUUAUGACAUCUUACAUGGUCGAGCACCUAAAGUUAAGUUCAAGGUCAACAACCACACUUAUCAGAACGAACGACACGGAUACGCUCAAAUAAAUACUUCUGAGUUCGAAUCAGAAGAGUCAAACAGAAGUUCAAAGGUGACAAGCAGAGAAAGUAUUCAUGCUGGUGAUAUGUUAGGCAUGCGCAGAGAAAUCCGAGAUCAAGAGAAGCAUGCUCGUUUGAAAGCUGAUUUAAUGGAAAAUAUUUGA